AUGGCCAAGAAAAGAAGAGUCUCCCGCAAGGCGGAACCGGCCGGCCCCCGCGAUGUCGACGCCAAAGACGCCAGUUUGACCAUCAAGACGUACCGAGAUGUCGCCGACUCUGGGGAUGAGUACUGGGCUGAGAAGGACCAGAUCAUGCUGGACAGCGAGGACGAACAACCGCGCUCGAAGCGCCUCAAGAAGGAGGACGACUUUUUAGAGGUUUCCGACGAGGAGGUUUUCCAGCAAGACGAUUCCGACGAGAGCGAAGACGAAGCGCCAGCCAAGAAGGGCAAGGGCAAGAAGGUCAUUGAGCAAUAUUCCGAAGACGAGGAGCAGCAGGAGGGGGAAGAGGAGGGUGAUGAGGGUUGGUGGGGAAAUAGCAAGAAGGAAUACUAUGAUGCCGAUCAGAUCGAGACCGAGGCCGAUGCUCUGGCAGAGGAAGCAGAGGCAAAGCGUCUCCAGGCCAAGAAAUUGGCCAAGAUGACUGAGGAGGAUUUUGCUUUCGACGAGGACGAAUGGAUGGCGCCAAAAGAGGAGGCUGGCGAGGACGAGGUUGUGACGGAGGUUUUGAAAGAGGUGGAAGUAAGAGAGGACAUGACACCCGAGGAAAGAUACAAGCUGCUCCAGUCUCGAUAUCCCGAGUUCGAAUACCUGGUGGACGAGUUCGCAGAACUGCAGCCCGUUCUUUCGGAAUUACAAAAGGACGCCGUUGGAAAGCCUGCCAAGUCACUAGCGGUUGUCAAGUCUUGGAUUCUGGGGUGCUACGUCGCCUCGCUGGCUAGUUAUUUUGCUCUUCUCACAUCACCAACAAGGGACGGGAACGGUGCUGCGGCAACGCUCAGCCCAUCAGAACUCAGAGACCACGAAGUUAUGGGGACUUUGAUGGAGUGCAGAGAGGCCUGGCUCAAGGUGAAACAGUUCAGACCAGCCAAGCCUGCCGCCUCAGAAACGGGCAUGCUUUCGCCACCAGAAGAGGAGGACGAGGAGAUGCUCGACAUCGACGAGCCGGCCAAGAAGAGGAAGUCGAAGCUCUCCAAGGCCGAGAUCAGGGCCAAGGAGAAGAAGGAGGCCGACAAGGCGAGGAAAGCCAAGGCGGUCGAGAAGUCUUUGGCUGACCUGUCCGCUCUUCUCGAGAGCGGCAAGAAGGCCGCCAAGGAGGAUGCUGCUCGCGCUGUGCCAACAAACAGUGCGGAUAUGAACGAAGACUAUUCCGACUUUGGCGAGGAGGAUGCUUUGGACGAACAUACUGCUGCCGACAAGGCCAAGCGCAAGAAGAGCUUGAGGUUCUAUACUUCGCAAAUCGUACAAAAGGCCAACAAGCGUGCUGGGGCUGGUCGCGACGCCGGUGGUGAUAUGGAUAUUCCUUAUCCACGCCUGAACGCUGAGGCUGAACGCCGCGGCAAGAAGGACAGCAAAUUCGGCGCCGGCGCUGAGCUGGGCGGUGACGACAGCGAAGAAGAAGGCCGACAAGGCGGCGCGCUUCGAGGCGCUGGCACAGGCGAAGAAGGACGAGCGCAUUGUGGAACAGCAGGAGCUCGGCCCAGACGGCAAGCGCCAGAUCACCUACCAGAUCCAGAAGAACAAGGGCUUGACGCCGCACAGGAAGAAGGAGGUGCGCAACCCGCGUGUGAAGAAGAGGAUGAAGUACGAGGAGAAGAAGAAGAAGCUCAAGAGCGUGCGGGCUGUGUACAAGGGCGGCGAGGGCAAGGGUGGCUACCAGGGAGAGUUGUCUGGUAUCAAGACGAAUCUCGUCAAGAGUACCAAGUUGUAGAUGCAUUAAUGGCGAAUAUAUGGGCGUUUUGUAUCCCAAGGUGGUGUGUUUUCCAUGGAUUGUUUCUGCGUGAGAGCCCAAAAUCAAGAUGCUUUUGGGAUUCUACAUGUGAUGAAGAUGCGAAAGGCAACAUAAGUUGA